AUGAAUGGACCUGUCAUCAGUAACUUAUGGCUUGUAGUCAAAAAACAAAUUGAAGUUCCUGCUAAUAUUAAGGAAAAAUUACGUGAUGUAAAAGGUGAUGUUGAUUCAACAAUCAUUGCCAUUGCUUUUCCACUCAAUGGUAUUCAAGAUUCGUCAUUAUCAUCUCCACCGACUCAACCUGUUUUUGCAUAUUUACCACUUUGUUCAUAUGGAUUUCGUUUUAUUUUACAAGGUGAUUUUGAAGUUCCAGCAAAUCGUCAAGAAAUUCUUCACGAUAACCUAUGGAAUGAAUGGCUUCAAUGGAAGAUGACUUGUCUUCUUUCUUUAGCUUAUUAUCAAUUUCGACAUUUACCUGAUUUACUUGCUUCCUCAACAUUUCAUACACAAAUUAAUUGUGAAAUAACACCGAUACAAACAAUAAAAUAUUUUCUUAAAUUUUUUCCUUUACAAAAUGAAUCAAAACCAUUUUUUAAUAAAUUUGUCGAUGAAAGUAUUAAAUCAUUAGCAGGUAUUAUUAAAUUACCAGUUUCUCGUCAAAAUGAAAAAGAAGAAACAACCAUCGAUUGGGUUGCACCUUCUCAAUGUAUUAUUGUACAAGAUGCAUUUAUUCGAAAAAUUCUCUCACAAGAUUUAUUAUUAUCACAUUUCAAUAGUUAUUAUGUUCAUGAACAAUUAAUGCAAGAGUGCAACGAACAAAUUCUAUUGAAACUAGGCUGUCGUCAACUUGAUUUUUCAGAUAUUACACAACUUAUUGAAACAUCAUACAAACAAAAGGAACAACAACAUAUUAAAACAACAUCAGCUAUAGAACAAAUUGCUCAAUGGCUUGUGUGUCUCGACUAUAGUCUUCAACAACAACGGCAAGAAAUCAAUUUUAAAGCACGCGAAAGUGAUACAAUCAAUAAACUUAAACAAUUAAAGAUUAUUCCAUUGAAAGACCAAUCACAAUUAGUAUCUGUUAAUGAGUUUGAUAAAUAUCCUAUUUCAUUUCCAUGGGAAAAAUCAAUAAAAUAUUCAAAACAUUUGAAACUUGUUCUUGAUGAUAUACCUACGAUUGAUGAACAGUUACUUAACUUUAUUGAAGAUAAAUAUCCUCGAAGAUUGGAUUCAAUUAAACGACUCCUUCAAAAUCUUGGUAUUAAUAAAUCACACAAUAUUCGUGAAAUCUAUCUUCAACAUAUGUUGCCAGUCAUGUCAGAUCAAACUCAUUGGUCUUUGAAAUCGGAAUCAGUAUUAAUCGCGUAUCUUUUAUGUAUUUAUGAAUACAUCUACUCGCAAAAGUCUGAUCUAUUUGAAAAUGAGUUACAAAUAUUAAAAAGUAAAGUACUUAUUAAAACACGUGAUAAUAAAUUUGUUUCAUUGGGUUCUCCUGAUGUUGUUGUUCAUUUAACAUUGAAGUAUGGUUGUAAAGAUUCACUUGAAUCUUUACGCUUAUCAAACUAUCAAUUCAUUUUUAUUUCUGAUGAUUAUUAUAAUGAGUUUUGUCUUACUGAAUUGUUUCUUAAAAGUCAUGAUGUACAUUCCUUCGUCAUAUUUCUUAAGAAACUCAAUAUAAAUGACUUUCUUCAAGUAGACUUGAAUGAAACGCGAUUUAUCGGUGUUCAAAAUCUUGCUGAUACUAAAUGGGCAUAUUUAAUUCCAAAAUUAUCUGAAAUGAUACAUGAACCAUUUAUAAUACAAGAUUUUUGUUGUGAGGAGUUCAAUAAACUUGUAACACCAUUGGAUGCCAAUCAAACCGUUGACCACGAAUUAUGUGUUCAAUUACUUCAAUAUUUGGAUCGUCAUUAUCAAUAUGUUUCUCACUACUUUACAGGUUCGGUUAUGCUAGUUCGUGGACAUCAAUAUGGUCAAAACACACCAAUAAAAGGUAUUGAAUCUUCAUUUACUCUCUCAGUACGACAACAUGCAUGGAUUCCUGUUGUUGGUGAUGCAUUAUUUAAGCCUAGUGAUGUUUAUUUAUUACCAUCAAAUAGUCCAACGUAUGCCUUUCGACGGUAUAUACCUCACUUAGAUGAAUCAAAAGUAUCGUUAAAAAGUUUAGAAUUUAUACAUAAUAUACUUGGUAUUAAGUCGCAAGUCAAACAUCGAACUAUAUUCGAGUUAUUUAUGAAGUGGUCAUGUAAUCUGGAUAGUCAAUCAUUAUGGGAUUUGAUCAAACAGACAGAAACAUUGGAUAUUAUCCCUUGCACUCUACCGAAUACAUUUCGUCAGUCUUGUAUUGACACAAUCGAAAAUCUUCGUGUAAUCUAUGCAUUCCUUGCUUCAAACGAUGAAACUCGACGUUUUCUUAGUCGUUUUCGUUUAUGGCCAAUCAUAUUUAUUCCACGAAAACAAAAUACUGGUGAUUUCUUAUUUGUUCAACAAACAUUUUGGACUGAUCCCAUCUCUCUAUUGUCAACACAAGAUAUAAUUACAGAUUCAAACGGUCGUAUCCCUAUUCAAUCGUAUUACAAUGAUGAUUCUAUUUUAAAUAUAUUUUUUCUUGAAAUACUUCAUGUUGAAUUACAUCCAACUAUUGAUGAUUAUUUACCAUUAUUAUCUGUUGAUCAGGAUAUUAAUAAGAUUUGGUUGAUUAUUCAAAUAAUCACAAAAUUAGCAGCAGAACGAAAUAAACAAAAAGAAGUUCAAGGUUUCUCAAUUGAUACUAAUUUUCAAGAACAAUUCUGUUCACUUUUUGAUAUUGAAAAUCUUCGUAAAGUUAUUCAAACUAAAGUUCAUGUUGAAAAUGAACAAUCAUCAACACAUCUAGCUGAGUUCUAUCAUUGUUCAAUUGAUCUUAUUCAAUAUUUUCUAUUAAGCAAACAAUUUAUAUCUGCUACUCAUUCUGCCGAUUUAUCAUUUGUAUUUGCUCGUAUGCAUUUUGUUUGUGUUGAUCGUAUUGAUUUAUCAUAUUGCUAUGGAACUGAUAUUAUCAAAACAGAAUCAACAAAUUAUAAUAAAGACACUUAUAUUGACGAACAAUCAAGCAAAUUUUAUAUUCUAAAAAAAUUUGAACAUUCUGAAACACGUUAUAUUGAUGCUAUGAUUAAUUUUAUUGUUGAAGAUGAAGGAAUUCGAUCGCAACUUUUAUCAUAUAUCAAAAAACUUUUGCAACAAUACCAGAAUGAAGGUGAAAAAAGUUUAGCUAUGUUACGAACAAAUUGUACAGAAAAUUACGAACCUAAAUGGAAAAUUCCAAAGGAAAUUAAAAAAGAUGUUCCAAGUUCACCAGCAAUUGAAGAAAAGACUGAAAAACCUGAGAUCACACGCGAUGAAAUUGAACAAUUGAAGGACAUGCCUUCUACUCGAAGAAAUCGCAUACCGAAAAAAGUAACAGACGAAGAUAAUACCAGUCAAUUAACCUGUUUUCCUGCAAAAGCCAGUACUAUCGAAACGAACGAGAUUCCUGAAUCAAAAACAAAACCAAAACCGAAAGACUCAACUGAAAGAGAAAAUCCAUCAUCAAAUGCAAAUUCAACUAAUGAACAUCAUCGAGAAUCAGGAGAUUAUCAUCAAGGAAACCAUGAACAUGGAAUAUCGAAGAACAAAACUACAGAACAUACUGAUGAGAAUCUCGACAAAAAUGAAUUAAAUAAAGAUGAGAUAAAGCAAUCCAAAGGUCAAUUUAUUCAACCUCAUGCUCCUAUGACUUUUUCGAAUACUACUUCGUUACUACCUGUUAACUUCGAAUGUAUAAGUUUUUCAACUCUACCGUAUAUUGAUUCAAGUACUUCACCUGUUAUUGAUGGAUUAUCGAGUACUGAUUCGCUCCGUCCCAUUGCUACUGAAACUGAUCUUGCUACGGGUCGUCAAGGUGAACAACUCGUUUUUGGUUAUCUUAAAUGGAAAUAUCCUAAUGCAGAUAUUAAUUGGGUUAAUCAAGAAGUAGAAUCAGGUAAACCCUAUGAUAUUCAUAUGAUUAUUAAAUCUGAAAACAAUCGAGAAGAAUUUAUUGAAGUAAAAACAACUCGAUCCUAUGAUCAAAAUACAUUUGCAGUAUCGAUUGGUGAAGUUGAAUAUCUUCUUAACCAUCCAUUGAAUUAUUAUAUUUAUCGAGUUUAUUAUGCAGAUAAAAUAGAAUUAUCAACAAUUAAAGUGAUCAGCACAAUCAAAACAAAUUUACUGAAUAAGCAUCUUAAACUUUCUAUGACUUAUGAAUCAAAACAGAACGAUUAA